CUCGUAAAAUGCCACGAAAGGUUUCACGAUUUCACUGGGAAUUGGCGGAAAUAAUACAGAAAACAGCGAAGAUAAUUGACAUUCAUGACAUCGAGUACGUUAUACAAUACGGGUGUGACGAUGUCGAUACUUUCUAUAGUAAUACGUAUCUAGUUGACAUCAGUGGCAAAAGAAAUGGACCAAAAAUAAAGAAGAAGAUUUUAAUAAAGUGUCAUUUAGAUCUAAAUCAGCGCGCGAGUUUCAGAGAACUUUACAAGAGAGGUCACGUGUUUUAUAACGCCAUAGUUCCCAAGUUGCUUGAGAUUCAAAGAACUUUUAAAGUGAUUGAAGGAUUGAAAAUGAAAUUUCCGAAUUGUAUUUAUAGCAGUGAUGAAUAUAACAAGGAAGUGAUGGUUUUAUCACAAAUGCUGGAUAAGUAUAAUAUACAUAACAGAUAUCUUUCGAUUAACAUCGAUCAUGCUAAAUUGACUCUGAUAAAUAUGGCUAAACUACAUGCCCCGUCUUUUGUAUGGGAAACAUAUUAUUCGGAAGAAUUUGAUAAGAUUAAGACUAUAUUGAGCAAAAAUGUGCAGUAUUCAGACCUUGUUAAACUACCAAACUCUAUGAAAUAUUGUUAUGAUACUUCAGUUAACGUAGUGUUGAAUUCAACGUAUAAAGAAAAAUUAAGGGCGCUUGAUGGACAUAUAUUGGCUAUUUUGAAAACACCUCCACCACUUCAGUACAGUACUAUUUGUCACGGGGACUGUUGGAUUAAUAACAUACUUUUCAAAAAUCAGGGGACGAGACCGGUAGAAGUAAUGUUCGUCGACUAUCAGCUGAGCCGGUACGCGUCUCCGGUCUCGGAUAUAUCAUACUUCCUAUACAUGUCGACGGAACGGGAGUUGCUCUCUCAACAUUACGAAACCCUUAUCAAUGUUUACUAUGGAACGCUAGCAGGAGUCCUUCGGCAAUGCAAUCUUAAAAUAGAACAAGUCUACCCAGAAACAAUAUUUAGACAACAUCUUAAAGAAUACUCAGUUUUAGGUUUAAUAGAAGCCUUAGUCUCGAUGAAAAUUAUAACAGCGGACAAUGACGAUGCAAUAAAAAUGACGGAAAUGAGAUACAAUCAGCCCGAUGUUGAAAAUGCUGGUAUAGAUGAGCAUAAGUUCAACAACCAGAAUCUAUUUAUAGAAAGGGUAAACGCUAUAGUAAACUCGUUCUUCCAAAUGGAUUACUCAUUAACGUCAGUGAUUAAUUUAGACAAAUGAUUGUGAAUAAAUUUCCUAAAGAACCUUGU